ACCCCCGCCCGCGCCCCUCCCCCCACCAUGAAGGACCGGACCCAGGAGCUCCGCAGCGCCAAGGACAGCGACGAUGAGGAGGAGGUGGUGACGGUGGACAGGGACCACUUCAUGGACGAGUUCUUCGAGCAGGUGGAGGAGAUCCGGGGCUGCAUCGAGAAGCUCUCGGAGGACGUGGAGCAGGUGAAGAAACAGCACAGCGCCAUCCUGGCCGCCCCCAACCCCGACGAGAAGACCAAGCAGGAGCUCGAGGACCUCACGGCCGACAUCAAGAAGACGGCGAACAAAGUGCGCUCCAAAUUGAAAGCCAUCGAGCAGAGCAUCGAGCAGGAGGAGGGGCUGAACCGCUCGUCGGCCGACCUGCGGAUCCGCAAGACACAGCACUCGACGCUGUCGCGCAAGUUCGUGGAGGUGAUGACCGAGUACAACGCGACGCAGUCCAAGUACCGCGACCGCUGCAAGGACCGCAUCCAGAGACAGCUCGAGAUCACCGGCCGGACCACGACCAACGAGGAGCUGGAGGACAUGCUGGAGAGCGGCAAGCUGGCCAUCUUCACCGACGACAUCAAGAUGGACUCGCAGAUGACCAAGCAGGCGCUGAACGAGAUCGAGACGCGGCACAACGAGAUCAUCAAGCUGGAGACGAGCAUCCGCGAGCUGCACGACAUGUUCGUGGACAUGGCCAUGCUGGUGGAGAGCCAGGGGGAGAUGAUUGACCGCAUCGAGUACAACGUGGAGCACUCGGUGGAUUACGUCGAGCGCGCCGUGUCCGACACCAAGAAAGCCGUCAAGUACCAGAGCAAGGCCCGGAGGAAGAAGAUCAUGAUCAUCAUCUGCUGCGUGGUGCUGGGCGUGGUCCUGGCCUCGUCCAUCGGGGGCACCCUGGGCCUCUGAGGCUCCGCCCCCGCCCCAGGCCCCGCCCCCCGCCC